GAAAUGGAAAAGCGUAUCGUAUACAACCCACCGGUCACAGCUCCUGCUUCCAAGGCAGUUUGGUAUGCCGGACGUGAAGAAACAGUCAGAUGGACAGUUGAUCAAAGCAAGAUUCCUGCAUCAGCAAAUGAUUACAAAGUUGAGAUCAAAUUGGGUUACCUGCCAAAAGAUGGUGACGGAGGUUACAAUCUCAAAUGGACUUUGGCAAAAGAUGUUGCAAUCACAGAUGAAGAAGCUGAAGUUACUUUGCCAAGCGAUCUUAAAACUCGUCAUGAUUACAUCAUCGUCGUUAUGGGUGACAGUGGUAACCGUUCCAAGAAAUUCACAAUCAAGGCUGCC